AUCGUCCGAAAUUUUUUGCAAGUAAUGCACGAUAAGAAAACUGAAACUCCAUGUGAACACGAAGGCCAACUGAAAGCACAUUUCACAGAAUCACCAUGAGCUAUUUCACUUGUUAUGCUGGUUUGUUUUAACAAGUCAUUAACACAAUGAUAUUUCUUUGGCAGAUGGGUCUGGCAAACGGGACAGAGUCCAGGCUUUCUCGCCCAAUUUGACUAUCAUUACGGCGGUCAGCGGUGUCGUGGUUGUGGCCAUUGUCGACGUAAUCGUCGUCCUCCUCAUUCGCAAGCGCAGGCGACAUGGUCAUGUGAGUCAUGUGACUGAUUCCGCUUCCGCUCCUUUACAUAAAGGAGCGCUAUCUCACAUCUAAAGACUUCUGACAACAUAAAUGCUCAUCAUUUGGCUAUUGUCGCCCGGUUGCGUCAGACAACUUGUAGAUUACAGGCUUUGGACAUCACAGUAAAUAAUACGCUUUAACUGAUUGUUUGUUUGGGGGUGGGGGCUAUUGUAAACAAAAAUCGACUUGUUUUGUUGACAAGUCGGGACACAGAGAAAGCAUUCGGUAUUGAUAACAAUUCCAUCAUGAUCAGAGGAUUGUCAAUUGACAGGAAUGUGAGUGUAAGCCGACAUUCCGAGAGUUGUCUUCUUUGCUUCCCUCGCCUCGCCUUGGUACCAAAUCACACGUAAAGAGACCGAUCGAUGCUUUUUUCAAAGGGUUCAGUCAGCGUUAAAAGUUGGCGUUGGCUGUUUGCUGAAACGCAAACUGUUGCUAGGCGACACGUUUCUAGAGCGGGCUUCGGCGUAGCGAGAUUGCAUGAUUCGGUUUAACAAUGACGAGGUACGUAUCUUAAGAGAGAAACCAAUGGAGUGGAACGUGACGACAAUGACAACAAUUUCAAACGAAGCAACUUCACGAAACUAUUCCAAGCACUCCGUUUGUUGUCAAGGGCGCAGGCAGUGAUUCCAUCAGUUGAAAAGUGAAAUUCAAGCUACUCUAAGCGCUGUCAGGCUUUCCAAAGCCUCUGGAAAAGCCGCAGAAGAAGAAACAAUAAAAGGUCCGUCUCAAAAUGACGUGGAUUCAUUGGUUAUCAAUAGCGCUUGUUUUACAGUUUGAAGUCAGCAUUGAAGGUACCCCAACGGGUUCGAUUGUAUGUAACGAUAAUCACACCGUCACCAUCACCAUCAUGAAUGUCAUUGACAUUGACGAGUUUAACGAAAGCGAUUGGCGAAUCGACGACAAGGAAGAGUGCGAGCCGACGUUCUCGGGACAAACUGUAACGUACACCAACUUGCUUGUGGGAAACUGUUCCUCAACGUCUGAGGAAAGAGACAAUGAUAUCAUAUACGUGUUCAAAAUCCGUGUACUACCUACAGGCAGUGACCCAAUACAAGCCGUGGACCAUAUGUUCGACGCCUCGUGCGUGUACGUAAACAACGACACGGUGACGGCCAGCUUCAUACCGCUUACACAACGCAGGGACAAUGCCACAGACUCCGCGUUUUUCACCUUUACACUUGACAUUUUCCACGAUGCUAAUUUUAGCACGCCUCUUGUCAACCCAGUUGAGUUGGAUCAAGUGUUAUAUUUCAGGGCCUUAGUUGUGACUUCGAGCGCUUUACCCAACCUUGACCUUUUCAUUCUAAGCUGUCACUCGUCGAAACAAAACGAUCCCAAUUCUGAGGACGGAAAAGUUUUAUUCAUACAAAAUGGGUAAGGGCAUUACUUGGUAGUUCUAACAAUCUUUUUACAUUAUUUUAGUAAUAAUAAAUAAUAAAUGUUAAAAAUAUUUCUUUUAAGUUCAUCGAACGAAAAGAAUACUGCGGUUCCAGAGGUGCUCAGUGAGACUGGACCCGAAGCUGGUCCGGGGGGGGCACUCUCUUGCACAAAAAAUCAUAAGGGAGAGGCAGGUUGGUACAAGUAAAAUUAGUUGAAGGCCACGCAGACUUACUGGAGUGUCUCAAUGGGGUUUACCGUUACCAAAAAACUUAGCUGUCAGGCAUAAAAAUUGGAAAUUUUCAAUCGUUUCCCGAAAAAAGUAUUAACCGUUAAAAAACUUAUUGGGGACACUGUAUAAAGUAUUUGCAUAGCAAUAUAAAAAUAAGUUCAGAUGUACACUGAA